GCGAGGGAGAGAACAAAGGAUAACCAAAAAAAAAAAAAAGGUGGGGGCUUAAGCCAUGACAAAUACUCUAAUUGCUCAGCUUCAUCUUGUUCCUCCAUUCCCUUCCCCUUCCAAACAAUCAUCAAUCUCUCAACCUCAAAUUAAAAUCCCCAACAACCCUAACCCAAAACCCAAACCCAUUGUUUUCUCUAAAUUCCUCUCUUUAGCUCUCACUUUAACCUUAAACUCCCCACUUCCUUCAUUAGCCAUUCCAUCUCUCACCUCUCAAUCUUCCCCUCAAGCUCCUCUCACCACCACCCCUUUUACUCAGUCCAAGUUCUUGCAACUUGGACUUGAAGAUGGGAAAAUUAGGCCUUGCCCUUCAACAAAUCCAGGUUGUGUUUCAACCAAUGCAAAGUCAUCAUCUUUUGCCUUUCCAUGGGUUGUUCCUGAGACUUCUAAAGAGAAUGCAGUUCAGGAACUGCAAGAAGCGAUUUUAAAAACUCAGAAGAAUGCCAAGAUUGAGGUUGUUGAAGAUACCCCAAAUGGGAAAUAUAUACAAGCUGAGGUAGAUGGAGGGUUUGGUCCUGAUGUAAUGGAGUUUUUAGUGAAAGGUGAUGUUGUUACUUACAGGUCAAUGGCCAUGAAAGUGACCUAUAUUUACCCUUUCACAACAGCAAUUGGUGAUUCAAAGGGACAGCUUGAGAGGUUGAAGAAGAUCGUUGACCAGUUAGGCUGGUAUGUUCCAAGUUUUGAUUCCAUGGAAUAGCCAUAUUCAUUGCUUUUUGAAUGUGUAAUAUUUUUCUCUUUAUCUUCAAAGUGGUAAUAUUUUUCUUAGAUUGAAAGUGAUGAAGCAACAAACUGUAAACAGUUAAAACUACAAUCAUGAACCAAUCAAACAAAUUCCCUAA